GCGGUGUCCACUUUAGUGCCCAACUCAACAAUAAACUCCAAGAGCAAAUUCAAAGCUACUGAAAAUAAUACUUGCAUCAACUUCCAACUUGUUUGCAGUCAUUGUAACAUUUAUGUGUCACAGACACACAAUAAACGCAUCCAGUAUAGUCCAGUCGGAUUUAUUUAGGGCGGAGGAGGAAAACCGCGACGCAAGCAAUUCAGAUUGCCACAGAAGUAUAGCCUACCAUCAGGAUUUCUAAUACUUAAAUUAACUUAGCUGCUACAUUUCGAAGGCUUUCCGAGCAGCGGAGGGGCUCUGGCAUUGAUUCAGAGAUGCUGAAGGUGAAAAUCAAGACCGAGAAACCAGAUAUCGAAGGAACUGGUGCCCGAGGUCGCUUGGAUGCUGUGCUUCAGGGACUGGUGGAGAAAAGUGAUAAUAAUGACAGAGAUCAGAAUGAAGAUGACCCAGGAAAAGCAACAACAGACUCUUUGAGCAAGGACCUUUCACCAUCUUCUGUUGGAAAAAGACCAUCAGCACGCUUUCCCCAGCACAGGAGAAAGAAACGCAAAGAGAUGGAUGACAGCAUUGCUGAGAGUAAUCAGCACAAACAAAAUGCAUACAUCAUCAAGCUGUUCGACCGCAGCGUAGACCUGGCACAGUUCAGCACCAGCACUCCUCUUUACCCCAUCUGCCGGGCCUGGAUGCGGAAUAAUCCUACAGUACGCGAUCAGUCUUCUUCCCUCAGUCCCCCUCAAAGCAUGUCUGAUGAAGAGGUGGUUGACAUGAUAAAUGGUAAAAGUCAGACUGUAUACAGACUUCCACCACCCACUACAUGUCCCGUCAACUCUUCAGGGGACCCUGUUAAUCUGAGGAUACCGCCUAUUGUAAAGGCCAGUCCCACAGAGGGUACAGAUGCAGCCGCCAAUGCUACUCCGCUAAUAUAUAACCAUAUGGCUCGAUGGAAGAAAAUCAGACAAAAGUGGAAGGAGUCCUCUAACAAAAACCAGCUGAGAUAUGCCGAGAGCAUUAAGAUUUUGAAGGACAUGUAUGAUCGCUAACAUCAUCUAUUCGGAUGGCGGAGGAUGGACAGUAAAACAGGAUGGACUGAUAACUUCGGAAGAAAACAUACCUGUAUCUAUUUAGUUACUUUUGCUUUUAUAAAACAUCUGUAUCAGCCACCACCUUUGCCUAGUGUUCAUGGCGAUGCUUUUCAUCCCAUGCGACGCAUUCAAUUGCUUGAUUAAAACCAAAGAUUCUAGAGCACUCUAGAAUCUUUGAUUAAAACAGACAUUAAUUUAAAUGUAAAUUGUGUAAGUAUGUCCUAUAAUUUGAAAUGGCAUGCAUUUCAAGUGUCAGUUAAAAAUCUAGAUUUAUAUCCCUGUUUUGCAAUAUAGUGAUUACAUUUUAAUUUAAAGGUUUACGUAUAUUAAAUCCAUUUCUAAAUUUGA